AUGUCCCUCAUCCCAUGGCUCCGUUGGAACGAGACCUCACCACGGCUGUCAUCCCAGAGCCCAGCUGAGAUGGUGCUGGAAACGCUCAUGAUGGAGCUGGCGGGGCAGAUGAGGGAGGCUGAGAGGCAGCAGUGGGAGCGCAACAAUGUCGGCAGGAAGAUCCGCACUGGCGUGGACUAUAGCUGGCUGGCUAGCACGCCCAGGCCCACCUACGACCUCAGCCCCGGAGAGCGCCUGCAACUGGAGGGCGUCUGUGCCAAGAUCCACCCAUCCUACUGUGGAUCCACCAUCCUCAGGUUCCGGCAGCUGAUGGCGGAACACCAGCCCGAGGUGCAGGACGUGGCCCGGCUGUUCCUCUCGGUCUUGCAGGAAGUCCUGGAGAAGAUGAAGCAGGAGGAGGAGGCCCACAAGCUGACGCGGCAGUGGAGCCUUCGGCCCCGCGGCAGCCUGGCCUUGGCCACUUUCAAGACCCGCGCGCGCAUCUCGCCGUUCGCCAGCGACAUUCGGACCAUCUCGGAGGACGUGGAGCGGGACACGCCGCCACCGCCCCGGACCUGGAGCAUGCCCGAUUUCCGGUCGCCCCAGGCGGACUGA